AUGCACACCUCCAACUCAAUCAUCAAGUUUGCAGGCGACACAGUAGUGAUCUUGAUGAACAACAAUGAUGAGACAGCCUACAGGGAGGAGGAGCUGAUCGUGGACUUCAGGAAACAGCAGAGGGAGAACCCCCCUACCCACAACGAUGGGACAAGAGUGGAGAAGGUGGAAAGCUUCAAGUUCCUCAAUGUACACAUCACUGACAAACUGAAAUGGUCCACUCACACAGACAGUGUGGUGAAGGCACAGCAGCACCUCUUCAAUCUCAGGAGGCUGAAGAAAUUUGGCUUGAGGGUGGUGCGGUCUGCACAACGCAUCACCGGGGGAAAACUACCUGCCCUCCAGGACACCUACAGUAUCCGAUGUUACAGAAAGGACAAAAAGAUCAUCAUGGACAACAACCACCCGAGCCACUGCUUGUUCAUCCCUCUAUCAUCCAGAAGGCGAGGGGUAAUCCUCACACUCGGGUUCUCAGCCAAUCCGGUCCGGCUGCUUCCUUCCCCCUUUCAUCCCCAAACCCUCCCUGGCUUAAUGAGUUACAGUCUUGCUUCGUCGGGGCAGGAAGUCCAUAUAAGGCCUGGGGGUGGAGCCAACGGACUGCCAGUGAAUCUACUAGACACCUCCUCGAUAUCAGGCGACUGGGGCUGGCUAACAUACCCAUCACAUGGGUGGGAUGCUAUAAAUGAGAUGGAUGAGUAUUUCAGUCCCAUCCACACGUACCAGGUGUGUAACGUGAUGAGUCCCAGUCAGAACAACUGGCUGAGGACAGGCUGGAUCCCUCGUGACGGAGCCAGGAGGAUCUAUAUCGAGGUCAAGUUCACCCUCCGGGACUGUAACAGCAUGCCUGGAGUCCUGGGAACCUGCAAGGAGACAUUUAACCUGUACUACUAUGAGUCGGACCGAGCUGUAGGCACGGCCAUCAGAGAGACCCAGUUCACCAAGAUCGAUACCAUCGCUGCUGAUGAGAGCUUUACUGGAGUGGACCUGGGAGUCAGGAGACUCAAACUCAACACAGAAGUUCGAGGUGUGGGCCCCCUCACUAGACGAGGCUUCUACCUGGCCUUCCAGGACAUCGGAGCGUGCAUCGCCCUGACCUCUAUCAGGGUGUACUACAAGCGCUGCUCAGGCGUGGGCCGCAACCUGGCCGUGUUCACUGACGUGGUGACGGGCGCUGACUCCUCCUCCCUGGUGGAGGUCAGGGGUCAGUGUGUGGACCACGCCGAAGAGAGAGACACACCCAAGAUGUACUGCAGCGCUGAGGGGGAGUGGCUGGUGCCCAUCGGGAGGUGUACAUGCAGCGCUGGGUUCGAGGAGCACAGGGAGUCCUGCAUUGCGUGUGAGGUGGGUUUCUAUAAGCCAAUGGCAGGUGAUGGGUUGUGUGGGAGGUGUCCUCUACUAAGCCACUCAGAGACCAGAGCUGCCCUCUACUGCCCCUGUGACUCCAGCCACUACAGGGCCCCUACAGACCCCCCUGCCGCACCCUGCACAAGCCCCCCAACAGCUCCAGUAAACAUGAUAUCGUCGGUUAACGGUACGUCAGUGAAUCUGGAGUGGGGUCGACCGAUGGACUCGGGGGGUCGCAGUGACCUGCUGUACAGCGUGCUCUGUCAGAAGUGCUCUGGGGAAGGGGGGCAGUGUGAAGACUGUACAGCAGGGAUGGGGUCAACCAGUGUGGGAGAGGGGAUGGGAGGAGAGGGUGGAGGGACGGUGGACCGCUCUGGGGUGGUCCCGGUGCGGUUUGUUCCCCGGCAGAGCUUGCUGACCGAACCCUGGGUUACCGUUCUAAACCUGGUUGCCCACGCCAACUAUACCUUCCGUAUCCUAGCGAUGAAUGCGGUGACUCACCUAAGCAAUGAGCCGGCGCCCUUCAUAUCUGUCAACAUCACCACGAACCAGGCAGCCCCUUCCCAGGUGAUUGCCAUUCGCCAGGAGAACACCAGUCAGAACAGCGUCACUCUGCAGUGGCACGAGCCUGACCAGCCCAAUGGAGUCAUACUAGAGUAUGACAUCAAAUACUAUGAGAAGGAUAAGGAGCAGCAGAGUUACUCCACCCUGAAGGCCAAGGGGACCACGGCCCGGGUGUCUGGCCUGAAGCCUGGUACCAGGUACAUUUUUCAGGUCCGGGCCAGAACCUCGGCAGGCUGCGGACGCUUCAGCCAGAAUGUGGAGAUCCAGACCGGGAAAGCAAUUCCUCCGCGCUACGACACUAUGACCAUCAUCUGGAUCUGUAUGGCACUGGUCUCUGGCCUCGUCACCUUCCUGGCCAUCGUCAUCUGCAGGAAACGGCAAGUAAACUACUGUUUGAUAUACAGACACUGUGGCUAUAGCAAGGCCUUCCAGGACUCUGAUGAGGAGAAGAUGCACUACCAGAAUGGCCAUGUGUCAUUCCCCGACGUGCGAUUCUACAUCGACCCACACACCUACGAGGACCCCUGCCAGGCCGUCCACGAGUUUGCCCGAGAAAUUGAAGCUUCCAGGAUCAGAAUAGAGAAAGUCAUUGGGUCAGGUGAGUUUGGGGAGGUGUGUUACGGGCGGAUGCGUCUCCCAGGGAAGAGAGACAUUCCGGUGGCUUUGAAGACACUGAAGGCAGGAUACAGUGACAAGCAGAGGAGGGACUUCCUGGCUGAAGCAGCAAUCAUGGCCCAGUUUGACCACCCUAACAUCAUUCACCUGGAGGGAGUGGUCACACGCAGUAAACCAGUCAUGAUCAUCACUGAGUACAUGGAGAAUGGAUCUCUGGACUCUUUCCUGAGGAGACAUGAUGGUCAGUUCACUAUAAUCCAGUUGGUGGGCGUGAUGCGUGGCAUCGCGGCGGGUAUGACCUACCUGGCAGACCUGGGCUACAUCCACCGCGACCUGGCAGCUCGUAACAUCCUGGUCAACAGCAACAUGGUGUGUAAGGUGUCUGACUUCGGCCUGUCCAGAGUCCUGGAGGACGAUCCUGAUGCAGCAUACACCACCAGCGUGAUGCGUUUCUGUUCCCUUCAGGGUGGUAAGAUUCCAAUCCGCUGGACAGCGCCGGAGGCCAUCGCCUACAGGAAGUUCUCCUCUUCCAGUGACGUGUGGAGCUAUGGCGUGGUCAUGUGGGAGGUCAUGUCAUAUGGGGAGAGGCCAUACUGGAACCUCACCAACAGAGAUGUGAUAAAGUCAGUAGAGGAGGGCUACAGGCUACCUGCUCCUAUGGGCUGUUCAGGUGCUCUACACACUCUCAUGCUGGACUGCUGGGAGAAGGACCGCAACGAGAGGCCCCGGUUCUGCCAGAUCGUUACAGUUUUAGACAAGCUGAUCCGGAACCCGGAGAACCUCAAGUCCAUGGACAUGCUGUGCAGGUGAAC